AUGAUGCGCCCAACUGUCCUUCGUAACGCGGCCCGCGUCCCGCCCCGCCCACUCGUCCCGUCGCGCGCUGCGUUCCACGCACACGCGCCCGCCCGCGUGACCCCGGUCAAGACCAAGACUGGGCGUCAUGCUUUCGCUUUCCGCACGUACUCGAGUGAGAACAUGGGCGGUGGCGCUGCCGGCCAGGGCGUUGUACUGGGCGCUCUCGCCCUGAUUGCGAUCGGCGGAUACUUUUACAUCAAGCCAAUUCGAGACGUCGCGUCAAAAAUCAAUAACACAAUGGAAACUGCACAGGAGACGGUCGAGCAGGCCAAGUCCAAGGCCAAGGAGGCCACGUCCAAGGCCAAAGACGUUGUUGAAAAGGCUGGCGAACAAGUCGACCUCCCCGUCUCUCCUGGAGAUGCGUUUGAUGGCGUCCUCGAGUCACUUCUCCCCGGCGGAGCUUUUGUCCUCUACCAGCAAUUCUCGGAUCAAAUCAAGUCGGGCGACUUUGGAGGUAUCUUGAGUAAACUCAAGGACGCCGAUAUGCAGAGUACUCUGAAAUCACUCAAGAAGCUCGGCAACGACGAUGUGAAUUCUGUAGUCGACAAGGUACAGGCUGCCCUCGACAAGGCUGGAGGCAAGGUUGGCAACGUCGAUUGGAAAAAGUUGUCACAGGACCUCACAAAGGAACUUCCGGAAGAGUACCAGAAAUGGGUCAAGGUCCUCGUUGGCAAGGUGCCGACCAUGGACGACUUUGACAAGUACGUUGCCGAUGUCAAGAAACUCGGUGAGAAACGCCUAGCCGACCUCAACAAGGCCGCCGAAAAGGUCUACCACAAGGUGGAAAAGGCUAGUAAGGACGGCAAGAGUGUCGGCGACGCCUUCGUCGAAGGUAUCAAGGAGACGGCACCAGAGGAUAUCAACAAGCUUGUCGACCAGAUUCGCAAGACGGCAAAGGAGGCUGGCUUGCCCGCCGACACUAUCGAGGGUUACAUCCGCGCCACGGCGGUCGACUCUAUUGACAGUGCCGAAGAGUGGGCUCGCCAGGUCGAGGUCGCCCUUGUCACUACUGCCAAAUGGAUCCCGGUCGACGUCGAGACUGUUGUCGAUCAGGUCUCGUCCGUCUCACCACCCCUAGGCAAGCUCUUUGACGAGGUCCUCAAGGACGCAAAGAAGAAGGCAGACGAGGGCAAGACGGCCACGGAGGACAUUGCUGCCAAGGCCAAGGACAUCGCAAAGGGCAAGUAG